CUACUCAUCCCCAACCCUAGUUGGACUUGGACACUUGGACGCUACAAGAAAUCGAAACGCAGCAUUUCAGGCAAAGCGGGGAGUUUCUUUCUGGAAUAUUCCAGGUCGGCCUCGAGCUCCUUGCCCUUCGCGCACAUCGUCAAUCCUUAGCCCCAGUGUUCGGUUCCUUUCCUGCAGAGUAUAAAGCUAAGAGGAAAGACCUGCCGCUACCGCACAGAACCGCGGUCAGAUCCCAUAUCCACACUCCAAGCAGCCCUUCCGUUCGCGAUUUCUCUCUUUUCCAACCGCAACCUUUAGUUUAAUCAUUCUCAGGAUGAGCCGGCACCCAAUUUUGAAAUGGGCACAGAGAAGUGAUAAAAUCUACCUCACUGUGGACUUGGCAGAUGCAAAAGAUGUCAAACUCAAGCUUGAACCUGAUGGAAAGUUUAUAUUUUCAGCCGUUAAAGAUGGGUGCGACUUUGCCGUAGAUCUUGAACUGUUUGACAAAGUCAACGUUGAGGAGAGCAAAUAUGUUGUCGGCCCGAGAAACAUUUCAUAUAUCAUAAUCAAAGCUGAGAGCAAUUGGUGGCCUAGGUUGAUUAAGCAAGAAGGAAAGACGCCUGCAUUCCUGAAAGCUGAUUGGGAUAAAUGGGUUGACGAAGAUGAGGAAAAUGAGGUUGUAGGUGGCGGCGCUCCAGGUGGCAUGGACUUUGAUGGCAUGGAUUUCUCGAAACUUGGGGGCAUGGGUGGAAUGGGAGGCAUGCCGGGCAUGGGUGGCAUGGGAGGCAUGCCGGGCAUGGGAGGCAUGGGAGGCAUGCCUGAUAUGAGUGCCAUGAUGGCUGGCAUGGGAGGAAUGGGUGGGAUGCCGGGCAUGGGAGAUUUCAGCAUGCCAGAAGGAGACAUGCCUGAUGAUGACGAUGAGGAUGAUGAUGAAGAUGAAGUCAAGAAACCAGAAGCCAAGGUGGAAGAAGGAGCCAGUAAAUCUGCCUCGGAGGAAGCCAAAGCUUGAGUGUGUUUGAAGAAAAGAACCAGCCUGCGUGCAGUUAACUUGAGAUUAUUGCAUGCUGUUUGGGCGAAAUCUCAACAUUGCUAAGAUGUAGGCCCCGUUUUAUGAAUUUAUGCUUUUCUCCUUUGAGGGGUACAGCAGAACACCUGUAUGGAUGGAUUGAUUCUCUUUGAUGGCGAAAAGGGCUCUCUUGUCCUUGGUCGGUUUGGUUAAUAUGCGGGUCUAUGUAGCAAAAGGAAGAUUGAAGGCUGAUUGUUUUCGAUUACGACUUAAAAAAAUGAAGUAGUCCAGAGUGAGCUUAUCUUAGUCUACGGAUGUAUAACUUACGUUAUGAUGAUGCUAUCCUUCUAUUUAUGUUCGAUGAAGCGAAAUAGUGUUGUUCAGUUGGUCUGGUUAGCGAACAUACUUCUACUUGGCUUACAGUCUCUUUGCCAUGGAACGAAGUGAUCAACCGAACCAACUUGUCAAGUAUGAGUCUAAUUUAGACGGUAGCUUUAGUUGCGGAUGCGUUGCUCAAAUGUCAGUCGCAAGGCGAAUAUACGAUGCUGCUUAUG